CGUCCUUAAGUGGUACGUGUCAUGCUGCGUAUGGCCGACGCAUCUCUCUUUCUUUGUGUUCGUCGUCUUCGGUUUUCUCUAGCCGGCGAAUCUCUCUUGACAAAGCCGAUAAUCAUACCGACGAUGCUUCUCCCUCGACGGCGCAUCUCCCUCGACGUAGCUUCUCCAUAGACCGCACCUCUCUCUUCGUCUUCGCUUCUCUCUCGACGAUUCUUCUCACCUUGAUUUCGAUCUCUUUGACUGCUGGAUGCGAUCUGUUUAUCAGAUACGUGGCGAGGACGUCUGCUUUGGAGUACGAGGAUUUUAACUCGGCUAAGUCGCGUCUCCUUGAACGUGCUGAGAAGUUUGGUGAAAUCUCUUGCAAGUAUUAGUGGACUCUCUCAAUGGACCGUUUCCAUGAAUUAUAGAGGGAAGGCCGGAUGGAACAGGAGUUUUGUUAUCAAAUGAGCUAUCGAAGCUCGACGUUCCUGUGAAGCUGCUGCUUGAUUCAGCUGUGGCGUAUAGCAUGGACGAGGUGGACAUGGUGUUUGUGGGAGCAGAUGGAGUUGUAGAAAGUGGCGAUGUUAUCAACAUGAUGGGAAUUUAUCAAAUGGCGCUAGUCGCGCACAGUAUGAACAAGCCGGUCUAUGUUGCAGCCGAGAGUUACAAGUUCUCGUCGCUUUCAAACGCUCAAAGAAGAUGAGCCACAGGAAACCACCUUCUCCUCGUGGCUUUCCGGAAACUUACACCAGAUAGGAGACUUACAACAUUAAUCUCUAUGGAAUCUCUCAAAGAAGUAUGGUCCUGUGAUGUUUUUGAAGCUUGGAAAAGUCCCAACGGUCUUUCUUUCUUCCUCUGAAACAGCAAGACAAGCUCUAAAAGACCAUGACCUCGCUUGUUGUGGCCGUCCUCGCUUAGCAGGGCCAAGAGAUCUCUCUUACAACUGUCUGGACAUUAACUUCUCUCCUUUUGAUGAUUACUGGAAAGACAUAAGGAAGCUCGCUGUUCAGGAGCUCUUUAGUACCAAGAGAGUUCACUCUAUUCAACCCAUCAAGGACGAGGAGGUCAAGAAACUGAUCAACUCACUGGCUGAAUCAGCAUCUAAGAAAACUACGGUUAACUUGAACCGGAAGUUUCUUACUUUAACCAUUAGUGUGCUAUGUAGGGCAGCGUUUGGUGUGAGUUUUGAGGACACUGUACUUAGCAAUAGUAAGUUAUAUAAGUUAGUACGUGAGGUAUACGUAAUGUUGGGAUGCUUCUCUGCGUCGGACUAUAUUCCGUAUGUUGGCUGGAUCAUCGACCGGUUCACUGGUUUACAUGGGAGUAGAGUGAAAAGCGUGAAAGGCCUCGAUGCUUUCUAUGAGCAAAUGUUUGAUCUGCAUAAAGAGGAAAAAGAGAAAGGGAGUGAAGACUUUGUGGAUCUUCUCUUGAGGUUGGAGAGGGAAGAAUAUGUUGUUGGAAAUGAAAAUCUCACAAGAAAUCAUAUCAAAGCAAUAUUGAUGAACGUUCUUCUAGCUGGAAUCGACACUUCUUCAAUUACAAUGACAUGGGCAAUGGCUGAACUUGCUAGAAACCCUAGAGUGAUGAAGAAGGUUCAGUCUGAAAUCAGAAACCAAAUGGGGAGCAGGUCAGUGAUCAGCUUGGAUGACACAGAUCAACUAAAGUACCUAAAAAUGGUGAUCAAAGAAACAUGGAGACUACAUCCACCAGCACCUCUUCUGGUCCCAAAAGAAGUAAUAUCUGAAUUUGAGGUCAAUGGCUACGUGAUCCAACCCAAGACAUUGCUUCACGUGAACGUUUGGGCUAUUGGGCGUGAUCCUGAAACCUGGAAAGACCCUGAUCUGUUUCUACCAGAAAGGUUUGUUGGUAGUAACAUUGACACAAAAGGACAGAACUUUGAGUUGUUGCCGUUUGGAGGUGGUCGGAGAAUCUGUGCAGCAAUAUACAUGGGAACAACAAUGGUGGAGUGUGGCCUUGCAAAUAUGUUGUAUAAUUUUGAUUGGGAGUUACCAGAAGGCAUGAUGGUUGAAGAUCUUGAAAUGGAAGAAGCUCCUGGACUCACUGUGAGCAAGAAAAAUGAGCUUCUACUUGUUCCUGUUAAGUACUUGGAUCAUUGAUCACUUUAAGUAAGUUCUUAGUUUAUUGUACCUUUUAAUAAAAGGAAACCUCUUGUUCCUCAAAAUGGUUGUACUAGACACUAGAGUAUAUAUGCAACAUGCAACAUUUGUCACAUGGAAUUUUUUCGUUUA